UUUCCGUCGCGCGCGUUUUAACCCGGAAAAUCGGAAUUUUCCAUGUGAAAAUGAUAGAAGAAGUGCCGCCCACCCCGGAAGCGGAAACAAUAAAUCCGAGGUACCGCUCAAGUCAUGUUCCCUCCAUGCGAUUAACGCUCGUUCAGCCAUCCACGAGUAAAACCGGUGAAGAUCGUCGAGAAAAACAAGCUGUUCAGAGACCCGUUGAGCAGAAGAGGAAAUCACUGUCCACUUUCUACUUCGAGGAAAAUGACGAAGGGAUCAGUAAAAUCACGGCAGAUCCCUUUGCCAGCGCUGUUUCGCUCGAAAAAGCCAAUUGUGUGCCCGUUUCUGGUUCUGCGAGCCAACGCGAUUUCCGUGGUUUCUGUAAAACUCAAAAUGGGUUUCGGUCAGUCUGUGAACUGGCCCGCCAUCCGGACCCCGAUCAACCGGUGGUGGCAACGAAGCCAAAUUACAGCUUCACCCAGAUGGAGAUCGAUACAGAGCUGAUGUGGUUGUUCGAAGAAGUCGACGAUAAGGCGAAAGAUCGUGUUGAGGAAUCCGGCGAACCGGAAAACCCGAAACCACCAUGUGAACCACUCUCUGAACAAACGUCUGCCGUUGAAGAUGUAUCAUCCGUCCAUGAAAAUGAUACCAGCUACUCAAACGACACGUUGAGUUGCAUAUUAAGCGAUUUCUGUUCGGGAACAUGUGAACCACAGAUCGAUUUCUCGCUGAUAAGCACGGAAGGUCUUCGUCGUAGAUUGCUGCAGUUGCAGGAUCACAUCAACAGUCCACCGAAAGCGGUCAGGAAAGAAACCGGCGUUUGUCGUGAUUAUGGUAGACUAAAGGCUAAGCCCGCGAUAGCUCGUCGUCUGAGUUAUGAAACGGAUGAGUCUUCCUGUUCGGUACAGCAGUCGCUCCGUGAUGACGAAUCAUCGGAACCAUCCAGCCCACCGCAGUUUAUCUCCGAGGAUGAAGCGGAGAUUUCACUGGACGCCGACACUCUGAACCAUUCCAGCGUCCACAUUCAAGCUAAUCUGACGCAGCUUUCAACUUUCUUUUCAAAAGCCAUCCCAAGUCAGAGUUCUGGCGCGGAAGCGACGCCUCAACCAAUCAAGCCGAAAUGUGAAUCAUUCGACCGUGAGUCACCAUUUUACGGGUUUACACCGGAUCCUCUGUCGUCAAUCUCGUUAGCGCCAGAUGCAGUCUGCUCACCUCAAACGAUCCAAAUGCAAUUCGGAACAUUCGACAGUUCGAGUGAAGAGGAAAUCGAAUCCGAAGAUCUGUUGGCCAGCGGCGAUGCAAUUCCUGGAAAUGCAGCGAAGGAUUCGAUUACGAUGGAACAGCUGCUGGAGCAUGAUGAUGAACUGUUCAUGCUAGCUCAUCCUGUCGAUCAGAAAUCUACCCCCAAUAAGAAUCUCGUUGAACGAAAUAACAUUAAGGAGAUUAGAGCAUCAGAGAUGUAUCACGAUCGGCAAGAGACACCGUGUAUGAACGUUUGCUUCAAUACGGCACGAGGCAGUUCCAUAUCCGUAUCGAACGCGGCGAUGCUUAAAGCAAAAGCCUUAUUUGUAGAUGAGGAAACGGAACAGCGAUCAGAAACUGAUCAGAGAGUGGUUUCGAGUGAAGGCCACAAGACGGCAAACAAACUGGUAUUAAAUCAACAAGCAGUCAACCAAACUGAUCCUCCUGGAGCUCUUACCGGUGUAACUGGCAUAGCUGGCUUCAGUACGGCUAGUGGAAGUUCUAUAAGCAUAUCGAAGCAGGCUUUAGAGAGAGCAAAAGCUUUAUUCGCCGAGGAAGAAAAGAAAGACCAAAAUGCCAUGGAAACCCAUUCUUCCGAUUCACGGCGAGCAGAGAGCAGAGAAAAUGCUGCACCAUCUGGCCAAGGAUUUAGUACUGCUGGUGGCAACAUGAUAUCCGUAUCGAAAGAAGCUCUUCAGAGGGUGCAGUUAAUGGUCAACGAAGAGAACCCUACCAACAAUAACAUCGAUGUGCCUUUCAAAGCUGGUUUUGCCACCGCAAGAGGAGGUGCGAUUGCUGUGUCAAAGCAGGCCCUGGAUAAAGCUCGAGUACUUUUUGCAGGCGAGGAAUGUGAGUCAACAGUCGAUACUGGUACAAGCAUGGCAAAUGCUGCCAUGCUUUGUGGUGCUGGCUUUAGUACCGCUAAAGGGGAUAAGAUUUCCGUUUCAUCGGAAGCACUUGCCAGGGCAAAACUGUUAUUUACAGAAGAGAAUGAUGGAAUUGAUAAAGAUAAUGCUUCCAGUACCAAUGCCCCACACCACACGAUCCUGGCCGAACACGCCGUACCCGCCUUACCCAGCUUCAAUCGUGCCAACGGUACAUCCAUUACCAUUUCCAGCAAUGCAAUAGAGAAAGCAAAACAGUUGUGGAGUAAAUUCGAGCGAGAAAAUGAGCCACCGUCAGUGGUCGCGUUAUCGAACGCUACCGGGAAGCAAAUCUCUCAUUCCGAUAUUCCGCAGCCGCGUGUAAGAGUUCUAGGAGAACGUAAAAUGCAAGCAACCUCCCCUGGGCCUGGUAUUCGUAAACGAAAGGUUUCAUUCGACCAAGAAACCGAUCCACGGACACCGUCGAAGAAAUCAAGAAUCAGCAAUCCGAUGGUGCAAAUGCAAACAAGCACUCCCGCAGCUACCGCGAUUUCUAGUAGUAAAUUAGAUCCCGUGGUCGCUGUUGCUGGGCAUGAUGUGGAUGCAUUUUUCGCCGCGCUGGACGAUAGCGAAUUCCACGAGUUGUUCAACAAUCCAGAAAUGGUUACAAAACCAAGUGCAAUUGAACCGCGUGAGCUGCCCGGGAUCAAGCAGCAGAAUACGUCGACAUCUCAUUGGGACGAUAGUUUUCCCGAAUUGCUACCGAAGCUAGCUACGAUAGAAGAGUUACCGGAGCCGGUACGUGUUGAAAAUCCACCCGAGCCGAUUCGCCAGGGGCGCCUAGCGGAACUUCAGAAACAGCAAGAGUUUGUCAGGAACAAACCGGAAAACUUGUGCCAUCCGAGGGUACCUUCUAUCGUUACCCGAAAGCAGCAAAAGAACCGUGUUUCUUUGGAACAUGCGGUCGGCUAUAAGCGUCCAACGGUGCCUUCUUCCUCGAUGGUGGAACCUUCCAAGAGCGUUACGAUGGAGAAUGUUAUGGACUUCCGGUUCAACAUGAUCGAGUUCUAUGGUGACACCGUUUGCAACAGCAAUGUAACGGGAGUACCCGUUGGUGGCGAGAGCGAAGGAGGAUGCCUUAUCCUGGAUGAACAUUCUACGGUUGGCUUGGAGCAACUGAAAGCAGCCUUUCUAGCUGCUCCCGGUAUCGAUCCACGACUGAUACCGCCAGGAUGGGUGGAAAAUGCCUGGCGAUGGAUCGUCACCAAGCUGAGUGCCAUGGAGCGUUGCUUCGGAGACCAAUUCACCGGAGUUCUCUCACCAGAAAAUGUCUUCCAACAGCUUCAGUAUCGGUAUCAUCGUGAGAUCGAUCUCUCACAGCGGCCUCCGCUGAGGAAAAUGCUCGAAAAAGAUGAUGUUGCCAGUCGACGGAUGGUGCUGUUCGUUUCGAACAUUCAUUCCGUCGAUGGACCAAUCGAAUGGGAACUGGAGUUGAGUGAUGGGUGGUACGCGGUACGUACCACCAUUGAUGCGGCACUGGAGAGUGCGGUAAGCCGUGGAAAGAUCGCAAUUGGCACGAAGCUGAUGGUCCAGGGAGCGGAACUCCUAAACCAUAAGGAUGGUUGUGCGGCGCUGGACGUUCCGAACGAUGUACGGUUGAAAAUUCAUGCCAACUCUACUCGACGCGUUCGGUGGAUGGUACGAUUGGGUUACUAUCACUGUCCCGAGCCAUUCUUGAUUCCGUGCAAUAGUAUUCUCGAUCGGGGAGGGCUUAUCCGCCGUUUCCGGUGUACCAUAGUGCGCGUUUAUCCGUUAAUGUUUGUCGAGAAAUCGGACACAAAGUCGAUGUUACGCUCGGAAAGAAUGCAACAACGCCACAACAAGCGCAACGAUGCCGGUAAACUGGACCGGCUUCACAAGCUGUACAAUCAAAUACAGAAUGAGAUUGAAACGGAACGAGCGGCACGAUCGCUGAAUCGGAACAUUCGUAUUACGGAAGCAACCUCGUGCGAGGAGCUCCAGGAAAUGCUCGAGAAUGGGCUCGAUCUUUCGUGUCUAGAGAUCGAUCUCAGCCAUUCCCAAAAGGCCAUCAUCGAGAGGUUCCACCAGGAACAACAGGAAGCGCUGCAGAAUGAGAUCAAUCGGCGCGUAAAGGCACAGCUCGACAAACACCCAACGGAUCGUGGUUCCAUCGUGGAAUUACUAAAGGUACGCCUUAUGGACCGAACCACACCGACGAAGGUAUUCCUUCUAUCGAUUUGGAGACCAUCGGAAGAGGUUCGUCGUUUGCUCGAGGAGAACUGCUUGUUCGAGCUUCAAAACGUGUCGGCCAAGGGUACGAAGAGCAAUGAGAUACAGCUGACGGCUCAUAAGAGUACCACGUAUGCGAAAGUAGGCCGCGAGGAUGAUAACACUCCAGCAUCACUGCAACCGUUUCUCCGUUCUGUCAUGCCGAUCGGCGACAUCGAUGGAUCCACGUUUCGUCCCGCUUUCAGCGAGUUCGAUACGGUCGGUGUGGUGGUGUACGUCGGGACGGCAGAAAAGAAAAAGUUUCAAUCGAUCUACCUUGCCGACACGGCCAUGGAUCUGCUGUGCGUAAACUUCUGGUACGGUUUGGCCGAGUACGCGUACGACGAUCUAAUCACCGAACGCAAGGUGCUCUGUGUGGCCAAUCUGCAGUGGCGCACCAUUAGCCGCCAGAGCACGGUACCACACUCGUUCGCUACCGAGUACACGACAUUCACAGAGAACCCUCGGCAGCCGCAUCUCCGGGUCGCAUGGGAUCGUUUUCAGGUACAACUCAAUGCCAUCGAUCAGGAACAGUUCUUCCGGCGUUGCUAUGAAAGGGUUCGUGAGCUUAACGAUAACAGUUUCCUCAGCGGCAGCGGCACUGUGACACCGAACUCUUCGGUUGGUCGCUCUGUAUCGACGCCGCUGCUUCAGCGCUCCGCAGCAUCUCGGAUGCAGCAACACUCGACACCGCUUGGAGCGAGCUCGAGUUUAACGAAACGCAAGUUGGAGACCCUUUCCACCUUUUACGCCAGUCCGCCCAAGAUGUCACCCAUUGUGAUUCGCACCAAUCCGAUCCUGCGAAAGGGCUUCAGAACACCGGCCCGACUGGAAGAUCGCCUUGAACAACGGUCCAAAAAUGAGGAGGAUGGUCGUUAGUGUUUGCCAUGUACUACGGUUUGUCUCACCAGCAAUUUGAUCUGUUGUUUGUUAUAACCAACCGGUGGCCAUUUUUGCGGUGCCGAGGGCACUUGUUAAAUUGUUAGCGCAUGAAAUGUGUGUAAAGUGUUUGAAAUAUAUUGUGGCCCUGUCAUGCUCGUUUGAUCGCAUUAGGACCGGAAGGUAUCAGAGGUUCACCGCAACGACUGUAACAGAGAAAGAAAAAAAUCAUACCAAGCAGCUUUGCCUUUGGUCAUUCAAGGUUUGUGCGGUUGCCAUAAAGUUGCUCCCAAUGUUGACCAUCUUCAAUCGUUCCCACCAGACACACCACUACCGGGCGAACUGCUCAAUAUCUGCGUCCAGGAAACCAUCCUGUUGGUAGAGACAGCAACAAUCAAUCAACGCUAGCUAUCAUCGUUGGACACAUUCCCAUUCGUCUCCAUGUGGGGGCCAAACUUUCAUAACUCUGCUCUGCUCAACGGCCACACACACACACUCGACCGCAAAAGUAUUGGCGACAUAUUGGCAGCGGGUUUCGA